GCUGCGUCCGAUCCUGAGAGCUUCAACAUGAUGCGGCUUUUGACUUUUCUGUCCUGCAUUGGGCUGAUCUGUGCUGCCUCACUGGUCAACCCAGAUGCAGACGACAGGGUCAUUGGAGGCGAAAACGCCAAACCCAACACCUGGAAAUGGCAGGUCUCUCUACAGUACGAUUCCUAUAAUGGCGGUUACUUCGGUCACAUCUGUGGAGGCUCCCUCAUCGAUGCUUUCCAUGUCAUGACUGCUGCUCACUGCAUUCUGUCGAUGGAUCCCCGUCUGUACCAGGUGGUUUUGGGAGAGUACAACCUGGAUGAGGACGACGGCAGUGAGCAGUAUUGCCGCGUGGAAAGGAUCAUCGUGCACCCCGCAUGGAACGGACAGCUUGGCAAUGGAAACGAUAUUGCUAUCUUGAAACUGGCUGAUGGCGUAUAUGACAACGGCUUUGUUGCCAUUGGCAACCUUCCCGCACCUGGACAAACACUGCCUCAUGGGUUCGAGUGUUUCAUCACUGGCUGGGGAGUCAUGGGAUAUGAAGGGGUCACUCACCCGUCCAUCCUGCAGGUAGCUGCCAUCCCAGUAGUGGAGCACUCUGUGUGUUCUCAGCCCAACUGGUGGGGCAGCAUUGCUCUGGAGUCCAUGGUCUGUGCUGGAGGAGACGGUGUGAUCUCCGGCUGCCAGGGCGACUCUGGGGGGCCCCUGAACUGCUACACUGAUGGAGCCUGGAGAGUCCAUGGAGUGGUCAGCUACGGUCCGUCUGGAAGGUGCAACCAAGUGACCAAACCCACAGUGUUCACAAGGGUUUCUUUCUUUGAGGACUGGAUCUAUUCCGUUCUGGCAUCUUCUCGUCGUUGAAGAGGAAUGAGUAACAGUGAGAAUAAAAAAUAAGCGUCA